UCUUCGCAGCUAGUGAAUCGCUACAAUGAUUCGAUCCAACCACGACGAUCUGUUCGACGCUUUACGAAAAGACGAUUUGAACACCUUCCGCAACUUGUUGCUGAUGUACGGUUGGCCAUCCAACACCGAGUACUCCGAUUAUCAUUUGUUUGCGGAAUCAAUUAAGUUUGGCCGAAAGAACAUCGCCAAUUAUCUUCUCAACCUCAAAUGUCGUUUGACAAAACCUGGUAGCUUGAGUACUUUUGUUCAUGUGGCUUUGACAUACACGGACUGGAGGGAUAUAGUGAUGAAACUGGUGAGCUUUGGUGCACCUGUGAGCACUGUCAACGCUCAGGGUAACACCGCCGUUCAUGUGGCUUUCAAGAACAAAGCAGAUGGAAAGUUGAUCGACUUGCUCUUGGCUGCUUAUGUACAGGAGAACAUCGUGAACAUCGCUGAUUCGGAUGGAUUGAGUAUCCUGCACAUCGCCUGCUCGAGGCCAAAUUUAAAGAUUGUAGAGGCGCUAACGUAUCGUAACACACAUGUUAUCAUUAGUCGCGACGAUGUCAAUGCUCAAGUACAAUCUAAUACUAGUACCUACUCUCGUUAUACGCCGCUACACUUUGCUAUAAAAAAUGGCCGAAAGGAGAUUAUCAAGUUUCUAAUGAAGCACUUCAAUGCUGACAUUAACAAGACAGAUGCCACUUCUUCAACACCGUUGCAUUUGGCGUUGGAACGCAGCGAUAUUGAAACAUUGGACUGUCUUCUUGCACAUGACAGAACUCACAGAGAUAUUGUUAAUGAUAUGGGAUUCUCGCACUUCAUGGCAGCAUGUGCUGGAAGUAACACGUCAAUUGUCGCUGAAUAUUUUCGUCUUCUUCAGUAUCGCCCUUGGACAACAGCCGAAUCCUUCUUCAACAAUAGAGUAAUGGCAUUCAGUGAUUCCCCGUACGGAGGUUACUCAGCUUUCCAUUUCGCUGCUGAAUUUGGCCGACUUGAGACAGUUCAAUUACUUCUCGCUCAUGGAGCUUCGUAUUUUGUAUUGUCUGCUGAAAAUGUAACGCCAUUAGUUACAGCACUUAAACGCGGCCACGAAAAUGUUUACCGUUUGCUUUGGCGAAGGUAUAAAGCUUAUAGACAAUCGAUUUACGAUGCCAUUGAUGCAGAAGAAAAUGGGCGUGUUAAUAUUAAAACAACAAGCUCAACAGACAUAAAUAAUCAAGUUUUAUCACGGUUUUCAAUUUUUAAUAGUCUGGAUAAAAAUCAAACUGGAGUUCAGAAUGAGCACUCACCUGCGCCAUACGGAAUUUAAUAAUAAAAACAAUUCGACUUCACACAUACUUGAGUUGGUAGAAAAAGGCAGUGAUGAGCCUCCAGGUUUUAGUAAUUUACGGAAACAGUUUUCUAGAAUACCUUAAUUUCGCCAGUAAAUGUUAAGUACUUAUAAUUAGGAAAGUUUUGUAUUAAUUUUUACACCAAACAAGAUUAAAAAAAAUAAUAUAACGUACUCUUUAAUGAACAAGUUAUAAAAUUAUAUAAAACUUCGGAUUCGCGAAAAAUAAUAAUAAGAUUAAGACGUGUACUAAUAUGUUGAUUGGUACAUGACUAUUAUUGUAAUUUAUUGUAGUACUAUUUAGCUUUAUUGAUCAAUAUAUUUUGUAAGUACAUAGUAUAAUGAAAUGUUAAAGUGCGUUAUUUAUAUGAUGACGGCGCAGCGCGUGUGAAAUUAAAUUUAAAUGAUCAUCUUAUUUAACUUGCAUUUUUACACAUAAAAUACAACUUACUAUAACAAUUAAAUUAAUUUUUGUCUAUUGUAAACAUUUAUAAUAUUUUUUAUAACAAUAAUGUGCACAAAUAGAUAAACUACCGCUAUAUUUCAGGCAACUAUAAAGUAGAAUAUCAUUUCUAUACGUUAGGUUGUAUAAUAGUCUAUCUGUCAAUAGUAAUUUUUUAUGGUACUGCAAUGAUUUAAGCGAAACCAGAUGUAUAAUGUUAGAAAAGCAUUAAGUUAGUUUUUAAUCAACGUAUGUAGGAGUCAGCAUAUGAAUCUGAUGAUUGAUCGACGUUUUUAUUUUACACACACACACACACACACACACACACACACACA